AGGAAUGUCAUUCAAAGUUGAAAAGGGGAUGAACUGUCUGAUAUCAGGCCCUAAUGGCUGCGGCAAGUCUUCGCUUUUCCGAAUUCUCGGGGAUCUGUGGCCAUUGUUUGACGGCAAUGUCACCAAACCGUCAGCAUCGCAGUUGUUCUAUGUACCUCAAAAGCCUUACUUGGCCUUGGGUACUUUUCGCGAUCAGGUUAUAUACCCAGACACAAAGACACAAGCACGCAUGAAGGGAUAUGAUGAUACUAAAUUGAUGGAUUUACUGAAUGUUGUCCAUCUAGGCUACAUAGUUAAUCGAGAAGGUGGAUGGGAUGCUGUUCAGGAUUGGGCUGAUGUAUUAUCUGGGGGAGAGAAACAGAGAGUAGCUAUGGCAAGACUAUUCUAUCAUCGACCACAAUUUGCAAUACUAGACGAAUGCACAAGUGCAGUGAGUAUUGAUGUGGAAGGGCUUAUGUACACACACGCUCGUGAACUAGGAAUCACUCUGUUCACAGUCUCUCAUCGCGUCUCAUUGGUAUUUAAAUAUCACGAAUGGCUUCUUCGAUUUGACGGGCAAGGAGGCUACGAGUUUAGAAAACUUGAAGAAAGCGAUCUUACGUCGCCGUUUGCUUCCAAUCCAACACGGAAUAGAGACGAAGGCGAAGAUGCGGACAUUACUAGUAGUGACGAUUAA